AUGAUGAUGUUCAUUGAGAUUACUAGUUUCUCUAUAUUUGGAAAAGAAACAAGCAACAUCUUGAACAAGGCUUGAAGCUAUCUGUCUAAACAUAAAAAGAAUGGAAGAAGGAGAAAAUUUUGCUUUAACUUGUGAAUCUAAAUCAGAUGCGACAAUCGAUUCAGAAGUUUUAAAUUUUGGAGACAAUAAGCCAAAUGUAUCAAAUUCAUUUCCAAACGUUGUUGACAUUAAGCCAGAUAUUUCAAUAUUUUCAACUCUUGAGGACAUAAAACGAGACAUAGUAUUAGCAUCUUCGAUUUUAGAGGACAUAAAACCAGAUGUAGCAACAACUUCAACUUCAGAGGACAUAAAACCAGAUGUGUCAACAUUUGAGGACAUUCAACCUGUUAUUCGUUCUGGAAUUCAUGAGUACGAGUGUAAUAUUUGUCAUAAAAAGUUUUCUCAGAAAGGUAAUUUAAAAACCCAUAAAACUAUUCAUAAUGGAGGUAAGAAACAAGAGUGUGAUAUUUGUCAUAAAAAGUUCUCACAGAGUUAUUUAAAAACGCAUAAAACUAUUCAUUCUGGAGAUAAGGUGACUGAGUGUGAUAUUUGUCAUAAGAAAUUUACUCCGUAUUAUUUAUCUCAUCAUAAAAAGACACACUCUUUGGCAAGGGUAAGUGAAUGUGAUAUUUGUCACAGAGUUUAUGUUAAGAGACAUUUAUGCAGAUAUAAAAUGAUUCGUUCUGGAGUUAAAAAAUAUGAGUGUGACAUUUGCCUAAAGAUUUUUUCUCAAAAGUCUAUAUUAAAAAACCAUAAAACUAUUCAUUCUGGAAUUAAGGAACAUGAGUGUGAUAUUUGCCAUAAAAUGCUUUCGUCUAAGGGCACUUUAAAAACCCAUAAAAUAAUUCACUCUGGAGUUAAACAGCAUGAAUGUGAUAUUUGUCAUAAAAUUUUUUCUCGGAAGCUAACUUUAAAAAAACAUAAAAUUAUUCACUCAGGAGAAGAGCAUGAGUGUGAUAUUUGUCAUCAGAAAUUUUCUCUAAAAAAAACUUUAUCUAGACAUAAAAUUAUUCACUCUGGUGAAAAACCACAUGAAUGUAACAUUUGCCAUAAAAAAUUUUCUUGGAAACAUACUUUGUCUAGACAUAAAAUUAUUCAUACGGGAGAAAAACCACAUAAAUGUAACAUUUGCAAUAAAAAAUUUUCAUUGAAGAUUAGUUUAUCUAGGCAUCAAAUUACUCAUUCAGGAGUUAAGAAACAUGAGUGUGAUAUUUGUCAUAAAAAGUUUGCUUCAAGAAGAAAUUUAUCUAGCCAUAUAUUUCUUCAUUCUGGAGAAAAACCACAUGAAUGUGAUGUUUGCCAUAAAAAAUUUUCUUUGAAGGAAAGAUUAGCUGAACAUAAAAUUAUUCAUACUAAUCAUACUGAUGAAAAACAUGAAUGUAACAUUUGUCAUACAAUUUUUUCACGUAAGCAUUCUUUAGCUAAACAUAAACGUAUUAGUCAUUCUGGAGAAAAGAAACACGAGUGUGAUAUUUGCCAUAAAAAAUUUGCUUUGAAGUCUUAUUUAACUAGCCAUAGAAUUCUUCAUUCAGGAGAAAAACCUUAUGAAUGUGUCAUCUGCUAUAAAAAGUUUCCUCUUAAGAAAAGUUUAUCUAAGCACGAAGCUACUCAUUCUGGUGUUAAAAAAUAUGAGUGUGAUAUUUGUCAUAAAUUGUUUUCUCGGAAAUAUGACAUAUCUAGGCAUAAAAAUAUUCACACCAAAGAAAAACAGUAUGAUUACAACAUUUGAGUAAGAUUUAUUAUAAAAAGUUUUCUCUGAAGCCACUGAAGGUUGUCAAUAAAAUUACUCAUUCUAGAGAAAAACAGUUUUUAAAAAUUCACUCAAAGCAAACAAUAAGUAUAUAACGUGUCUGUGACAUGUUUGUUUAGAAGAGUAAUUUAUGUGGACAGUAAAACCUUCAUUAUGUAAUGUAAUUUUUUUUUAGAUGUCCUACUGAUUUUCAAUAUUAUAUAUUAAAAUAUGUUCUUUGUGUAUCGUUUGUCUGACAAAUUUUUACUUAACAUUAUUUAGAUUUUUAAACAUAAAACAAAAAUUGGUUGCCAAAUGUAUCAUUAAACAGAAAGUUUAAUCCUGUUAAUAAAUUGUUAUUUUUGUAGAUAAUGUACUGUAUAUUCAAUAUUUUGCAUGGGUUUUAAUGUCAUCCUGGUUUUACUGUUAUGUAGAAUCCUUAACCAUUAUUGAUUUGUCGUCUUAGCAGAAAUUGAUUUGGGCAGCCUUGUUAUUUUUAUCUACCUAGUACCCAGCUCAUCCAGAGGGUAUAGUUUAGCCACCUAUCAAAGUGCUCAUUGUGAAAUUACUAGAAACACCUUUCAGCUAAUUUAUUUCAAGUCAACAUUUAAAUUUAUUUUUAACAGCAUCACCGUUUUGUAAUUUUUGUUUUAAAAAAUAUAAUGGUAAUAAUAGAUUUACCUCUAACUAGGCCAUUGCAU